CCCCUGCCACCUCCAACUCACCGCACUCCCUUCUCAGUCUCUCGCUCUCUCUCUCUUCCUUGUCAAAGAAGCAAGACCCCGCGUCCAGUGUCUACGACAGAUGCUACGACAGAUGCUACGACAACAACUGGAACCCGCCUUGUUCGAGUCAACGCAGUUUAAGUACUUACAGCAAGCACACAGCCUCUGCGAGCUGGGCAGCUAUGGAUGUGAGGAAGGAUGCCUUGCCUCUGCCUGAACCCACGUUGACACCGAGCCUGGCAGUGAGCCCUGAGGACCUCACAGACAUCAGCUUCAUCGGCAGCGGCGGGUUCGGCAUCGUGUUCAAGGCCACGCACAAGCGCUGGUGUGUCCAGGUGGCCCUGAAGUGUGCGAAAUCGAGUGGACACCUCUCACAAAGCCAUGAAGCGGACCUCCUGAAGGAGGCCCAGAAGAUGAAAAUGGCGCAGUUCGACUUCAUCCUGCCUCUGCGGGGCUACGUCCCGGGCAUCAGCAGCGCGCAAUUGAACCUGGCCCCGGUAGACCUGGGUUUGUGCAGCCAAAUCCUCCAAAGUGGCGGCAUCUCUUCGCGUGCGAUCAAGCCCGAGUUUAGCUUCCGCCACGCGCUGGUGAUGCCGUACAUGCCUCGCGGCUCGCUGCACGGGCUGCUGCAGAGGUGCGGCCAAGCGAGCGACACGCCGGGAGAAUCGUCGUCACUGCCCUGGCCUCUGCGAUGCCGCUUCGUCGACCAGAUCGCGCACGGCAUGAACUACCUGCACGGGCUCAAGCCGCAUCCACUGCUGCACCUCGACCUCAAACCACAGAACGUGCUGCUGGACGAUGACUACCACGUGAAGAUCUGUGACUUUGGGUUGUCAAAGUGGCGAGAGGUCACGGGGAACGUCGAAUCGCCGACAUACAUCGAGUCCUUGUGCCUGAAUGAGUCACCUCACGGGCAAGUGAAAACGGGAAGAGACCUCGAGCUGGAGCUGUGGCGUGAGACGAAGAGUAAGUGGAGCGACGGAGAGUCAACCAAGUUGUUCGGGACCCUGCCCUACGUGCCUCCGGAGUACCUACGGGACACUCACCGGAAACCUCACCACACAUUCGACGUUUACAGCUUCGCCAUCGUUGUGUGGGAGAUCUUAACACUCACCACCCCCUACGCAAACGCUGUCAACUCGCUCCACGUGGUCGAGUGCGUGGUGAAGGAAAACCAACGGCCCAGCACCGACGACAUCCCAGAGGAUCGGCCACGGGAGGCAGACAGCCUCAUCCGCCUCAUGACGAAAUGCUGGGAUUGUAACCCCAAAGCUCGUCCCUCGUUUUACGAAUGUAUCAAGGUUACGGAGCCGGUAUUUAACUCCUUCAAAGAUAAUGUUCUCACAGCAAGGCAGGAGCUGCAAGCCAUGCUGUCACAACCUGAUCAAGAGCAACUUGAGUGGGGAGAGUUAAACAUGACCACAAAGAUUUUCCGUCCCGUGCAGGAGACUUCUAAGCCACCGUGCUCGGAGUCCUCCACAAAGCUGACGCGCAGUGCCCCUCUAGACGGCGCAACUCCGGAGGUCGCGAUGGACGACGCACUCAACGUCACCGUGACCAACCAGGAUUUGCCAAAAAUCGCCGAGCUGCUCGGCAAAAAAUGGAAACCUGUUGGCCGAGCCCUUGGCAUCAGGGAGGCACAGCUGGAAAACCUGGAGCACAACUACCACUGCUAUGGGAUGGACGAGGUGACCUACCAGAUGCUAAGGAGCUGGCGUGAAAAGGAAGGCCGUAGUGCCACUCGGGCAACCCUCAUGAAGGUGCUCAAGAGUUCCAAAGUGAUGACCGAUGACAUCUUCUGGCAGACGUAACACCCUUAAAGUCUUGUUUAUCGUGGUCCGAUCUUUAAUCGCUGCUGGAUGAAAGAUUUCGCCGUACAAAAACAACCCAAUUGUCUAACUCUUGGAAAACUAAACUUUUUUAAUUUUACCAGGUAAGGCCCACUGAGCUAUAUAGUUAUUUUUCGAAAGCAAACUGCCCACAAACGAUAGCCCAACUUAGUAGCCUACCACGUGGAAAUGUAUAGCAGGCAAAUACUCUAAACGCACGUUUCUAAAUGUGGAGGGAAAAACCGGAGGACGCGGAGAAAAAUCCACGGGGAGAACAUGCAAAUUCAAAAUUUACAGCAGGUGUCAGGGUUGGGAUUGAACCCACAACCUCCUGCAUACUCGGCAAGGGAGUUAACAACCUGCAGCAUCAGCGUUGCGUUCCAAGUGGGCAGUUUAUCUCCACAGAAUUUAUUCUCACUGCUAGCAUGCCUUCAGUUGGAUUGCUUGAGUAACUCGUACGUCUUCGCAGCCGUAGCGUUACGAUAACCGUUUUCUAAAUAGCAUUCGAGGACUGUGGUCUGAUGACCCUCGUUCUGCUGCUGCUCUGCUGCCUUUCGCAUUGUAUGGCUCUGAAGAUUCAUGCCGAGUGGGCAGACUUUUGUUGUUCGCAAAAUCCACGUACUCUUUGGUUCUUUCGGUAAAGUCACGUAGGUAUGAAAUAAAAUAAAUCACGACGUUUCGAUUGCAACACAAGCAAUCAUCGUCAGGUCGGAAAUCCACAGCAAGAAUUUUUUUCUGCUGAAGUGGGAGAGAGAGCUGCCGUGGUAAGAGUAAAAAAAAUGUUCUUGCUGUGGUUUUCCCACCUGAUGAUGAUUGCUUGUGUUGCAAUCGAAACGUCGUGAUAUAUUUAAUGUUUCUACCUACGUGACUUUACCGAAAGAACCAAAGAGUAUGGAUUCCUGCAGUCACGAAAGCUUCAAAUCAAGAUUAAAAUCCACGUACUUCUGCAGCAUUUGUAUUCACUUCUCAAUUCCAUUUUGCCGCAUUGUAUUGCUGGGAGCUCACUGGACAUUGCUGCACAGCCAAGCAGCUCAACCUCCAACUGUUGUAGGCCAUCCUGGCUUGUAUUAUAUUAAAAUAUAUAGGGCCAGGAUUCAUUGUAAUUACGAUGCCAAAAAGGUGUAAAAAAAAAAAAAGAUUGCAACGCUUGGUGCAGAAAACUGCGCCCUUCAAGUUCAGCCUGAGAGUCGUCAUCGCCGGAAUAUGUUGACGACGGCGAACUCCUGAUCAGCUGCUGCAAGGAACCACAGCCAUGCGACACGUGUCCCAUGGAGCCGACGGACCACACUGGGCCCUUCACGAGAGCCACUUGCCCAGUGACCCACCACGCCCAGCACUCCACUCGCAACGAUACCAGCACGAGACCUCAAAAGCCUCGAUAUGGAACCUGCACUGUGAAACGCCUUCAACGUGUGGACUUUCGUCCGUUGCGUGCGUGACAUGUUUCUCUGCGAUAAGUGUGUGCUUCUCAUCGCUUUAGAAGUAUGAAAUUCGCAGCCCCCUGACAUGCAUAUCCUGACUAGUUUGGGCAGCUGGAUACAACGCCUUGCUGCUUUGCUCAGGGCACAUACUAAUAAAAGUUAUAAUUUACACUUGCAAGGCGCACUUCAGCCAUAGAUCCCAAUGCGUAUCAUGCGUGGAAAGCAGAAAAUAAACAGGAACAGGGUAAAUGGUCAGAACUCGGGGAUCAUUUUAUAGAUGAAGAAUUUUUUUUCGCGUAUUUGAUGGCAUGUCUACAUCUAUUGCUUAGAAUUUGGUAGAAAUGAGAAGACAGUGAAUCGAGUUCUCGUCGAUGAGAAUGCAUUCGCUUUUCGUCAGAAACAAACCUUCUUAGAAUAGAGGACUUUUUUUAAAUAUCUGUGAUGAUGCAUAUCUGGGUUUUGAAUGUAAUGGAUCGGUUGUAAGUUUUGUUGAGAAUACAUUUGAAAGUUUUUAAAUGUGGUAUGUAAUGCAUGUACUAUAAGAACACAAAAUAAACCGACGGUAUGUUUUGUUGCCAGUC